AUGUCGUCCCUUAAGAAAUGGUUGGGAUUUCAACAAAGUUCGACUCGGAAGACAAGUUCGAGCGAUAAACGCAGCUCUAGCAGUUCUAGUGCCGAGCUGGCAACUGCUACGCCUCCUAUUAUAAUUGAGCCAACUCGUAACCAUAAUGGGUCCAGUCUGGUUCACAAUGACGAUUCAGAACGAAAUACGGAACCCAUUGCUAUCACCAAUGGGAGUCACGAUAGCACAAGUGAUAUCAGUCACGACCCCUUACACACGGAAGUAUUUGAAUACAUGCCAUCUUAUACUAUACCGAAUACCAUUACUGCCGACCUACCCUUCGGGAGUGGAUCGACCAAGGUCUUUGGAUAUGAGAACUUCGGAAACACUUGCUAUUGCAAUUCGGUUCUUCAAUGUCUCUACAAUCUAACCGAGUUUAGGACAGAAAUUCUUAAGUAUCCUUCGAGAGAUGGAUUACUCAGAAGGAGACGGAAAUCAAGCGUUGUUGGCGUGAAGCCUAGAGUUUUCACCGAGGCAAGUUUCACGUCACAGCCUCAACCCGCACAGCAUACUAAUAAGCACGUCAAUGGCAGUGGUUGUAGCCCAGGUGGUCACAACCCCGCCGCCAACACGGAUGGGAUUUCUAGUGCAGAGAAUAGUAGACGUGGCUCCCUGAAAUUUUUUAAAAAUUCAUCGGAUGCAAAUACUAAUAACGCGUUACCUCCCAGUUCUCCAGGAUCUUCGCAGGCAAAGCCACCACCUCGGCCGGUACACACAGUUGUGAUGCCCUCUGACCCAAUUUCCGAAAAAUUGCAUGAAAAUUAUACCAAGAUUAUAGUCGGAAGAACUCAGGGUACAUCAUUCCAAUCGGGGAAUCCGGAAGUGCAAUGCAGCGCAAAUUCUUUGCCACCAUCAAGUUCGUCUUCAUCUUCUCCCAAUGCACUGGCCGUGCCUCAGCCGGUACCACAUUCAAAUUCACACUUAAAAGCACCCUCCAUUGAACAAAGGAAAAAGGCGGCGCUAGUCAACGGACCGGUUGUAAACGUCGAUACCAGCUUAGCGGAUUAUCUGCCGAAAGGUACAAAACCUACAUUGUAUUCGGGUCUAAAAGAUAUUUUCGAAUGUAUUGCUGAAAAUGAAUCAGCAAUAGGUGUUGUAUCUCCUUCGAACUUUGUCAAUAUAUUGAAACAAGAGAAUAUCUUGUUUAGUUCUUCGAUGCAUCAGGACGCACAUGAAUUUUUAAAUUAUUUAUUGAACGAAUUAAGUGAUACUUUAAAAAGAGAUAUGGAACUGGAUACUGAUAAACUUGAAUCAAAACCGACAUUUAUCGAGGAUCUGUUCAAAGGGUCAUUAUGCAAUAGUACUAAAUGUUUUACUUGCGAUACUAUCACUGCAAGAGAUGAACCAUUUUUAGAUUUUCCUAUUGAGAUUCAGGAAGACGAAGAAAUCAAAAUUCAAGACAUUUUAAACAACUACAAACAUCGCGAGUUAUUAACUGGUGCCAAUAAAUUUUACUGCGAUAAAUGUUGUGGCUUACAAGAAGCUGAGCGUACUGUGGGAUUGAAGUCUUUACCAAAAACUUUGGCUAUUCAUUUGAAAAGGUUCAAAUAUUCAGAAGCACGAAAUUGUAAUGCCAAACUUUUCAACAGAAUUCACUAUCCACUGGAUCUCAGAGUAUGUUCAAGCUUUGAUAGCGCCGUAUGUAAAGAUUACGAACUCAACGGAAUAGUCAUCCACAUGGGAGGAGGCCCUCACCAUGGGCAUUAUGUUGCUAUUUGCAAAAAUGAUCUAUUCGGUUGGUUGUUGUUUGAUGAUGAGACUGUAGAGUCCAUCAACGAGGAAACAGUUUUAAAAUUCAUUGGUGACGCUAACGAACUCACUACGGCAUAUGUCCUAAUCUAUAAGGAAUCUUCAGUCUCUAGCAUAGAUUCCUCGAGCUUUGAAAAGAACAUUGAGCAAUUGUUAAAAGAAGAUGAAAUGUAUAGAAGAAGAUAUUCCAUUGCCACCAAUGAAAGUGUUUUAGAAGGCGUUCCUGAAGAAGGGAACAAUGAGGAUUCCAGGCGUCACAAAACAAAAUCUAAACUUUUCAGUUUCAAACGGAACGCCAAAGCAUAA